AUGCCUGAAGACUCUCAGCAUCCUGUCAAGGACAAAGAACCUCUCAUCGAGAGGAUUUUCGAGCAUCAUCAUCAUAAGCACAAUCAGGAAGAAGACGCCCACUCUGAUAAGCAAAAUGAACCGUCGAACAAGAAGGAUAAACCGAAAUUCUACGACGAUUACCUGAAGAAGGAUGAGAAAGCCCUCAAAGACUACUACGAGAAGGACAAGGAGUUGGAAGCCGAGGGCCAGACCUAUGGAGGCUUGAUGUGA